AUGAAUUCCCAAGAAAACAAACCCAAGGUUCUGAUCCUUGGAAGUGUAAACUUUGCAAAAGACGCCUACGAAUCAUUGAAUCAAAUUGUCGAACUCGUGAAACCAGCUGCAGAAAACAGAGAGGAAUUUAUUGAAGAAUGCCGCAGGGGCACCUUUGACGAUAUCAGACUAGCUUACCGCGAUUUUUCAUCCUCCCGGAUCACCGGCCUCGUUGAUCAGGAGCUCAUUGAUGCCUUGCCGCGUAGCUUGAGGUUCAUGGCAUCAUGUGGGGCUGGCUACGACCAGCUGGAUAUCGAUGCCUGCAGUGCGCGCAAUCCUCCGCUACUGGUCUCCAACACGCCUACCGCAGUAGACGAUGCUACAGCCGACGCUAACAUGUUUCUCAUACUCGGCGCACUUCGAAACUUCAACGCUGGCAUGCAUUCUCUGCGCCAAGGCAAGUGGUUAGGUCAACCGAUACCCUCAUUUGGCCACGACCCUAGGGGUAAGACCCUGGGCAUUCUGGGCAUGGGUGGCAUUGGACGAAACAUGAAGGCGAAAGCCGAAGCAUUCGGUAUGAAGGUGAUUUACCACAACCGCCACCAACUGAGCGACGAGCUUGCUGCUGGGGCGCAGUACGUCACAUUUGAUGAAUUGAUGUCUUCGAGUGACGUUCUCAGUUUGAACCUACCUCUCAAUAAAAACACCCGUCACAUCAUUAGUACAGCCGAAUUUGCCAAGAUGAAGGAUGGAGUGGUCGUGGUCAACACAGCGCGAGGUGCUGUUAUGGAUGAGGCUGCCCUCGUGCAGGCUCUUGAAAGCGGAAAGGUAUUCUCCGCGGGACUCGAUGUCUUUGAAAAUGAGCCUGAAAUCCAUCCUGGAUUGUUGCAUAAUCAACGAGUGAUCCUUGUUCCUCAUAUGGGAACGUGGACUACCGAGACUCUCACGGCGAUGGAAACGUGGGCGAUUGACAAUGUAAUUCAGGCUCUGACGAAGGGAACGUUGAAAAGUCCCGUGCCAGAGCAGUCUCAUUUGAAGUGA